UUCAGAGCAUUUUUUGUAUUUAUUUUUAAUAAGGACGACAAUUAAUUAGUAACGAAAAUAAUAAAUAAAUACGUACUGUAUAUAGUGCUAUGAAUUGACUUUGUGUCUUUGCCUUAGACGUAACAAAAUGAUAUAACACGACAUGUGACAGCUUAGUAUACACCAAAAAAUAUUUAGUUAACUAUGACAAAUAUCCAUACGUAUAAGAAAAAGACUACUUAAGAAUAUCAGAUUAAGUUGUUAAUUUCUUGUUCCUAAGAUAUAUCAGUAAGCUAACCCAAAUUAGAAGUUAUAUUCGAUAGGAUUCAAUAACGAUAAAUAGAGGCGGAGCCAGCCUAGUAAUAGGAGGUCCUCCUUCAACGGAAAAUUAUACUACUAAUACAUGAUUAAAAUGAUGUUGAACUUCUUUCAGUGAGUAUUUCUUCAAAUUUUGAACCCCUUCAGUAGAAGUUCUGGUCCCGCCUCCGAUGAUAAAGAGGUUAAGUUAUAUAAUCAUAAUUCGUAAAAGUAAAUAAUGCAUGUUUUACCUCGUCGUGCUACCUAAAGGAUAUUAGUUGAAGGCAAUCCUCUAUACAAAAUAGAGUUUAUAAUCUUUAAAAUAAGUCAGGUUACUUUCUACAAUAGGUAAAAUUGACAUGAUAGUGUGUUUUACAUGAUAAACAUUCUUUAUAUUGAUGGUGCAUAUGAGUACUUAACUCCCAUUUGAAGAUGUAUUUUGAAGUUGAAACUUAAAAACUCUGUUUUAAAGUUUUGAUUUUUGAAAUUUGGAGUUGUGUGCGAACAUGCAUUGUACUCGAAAAAUAUUUGAAGCUUGAGUCGAAGUCCCAGGAAUUCAAAAAUCAGUCUAGGCUAGAUUUUGUAAUUUAAAAUAUGAUCAAAUUUGGAGUUGUGUGUGAACAUGCAUUGUACUCGAAAAACAUUUGAAGCUUGAGUCGAAGUCCCAGAAAUUCAAAAAUCAGUCUGGGCUAAAUUUUAAAAACUUGAAAAUAUUGAAAGACCAAACUUUAAAAUAUGAUCAAAUUUUAUGGUCAAACAGAUAUCUGAAAAUAUUUGAAUAUCACAUUUCAAUUUUUUUUUCUAUGUUUUGACACAUUGGAUUGCAUUGCCUUUAAUGGAAAUUUAAUAAUUUUUUUACUCUUCUAUGAUCUUAUGAACAUUUACCCUUGCUAGUAAUGGUAUUAAAUUAAACACUUACCUCCUAGCUAAUAUCUUCUACACUUCUAGCUCCUUAAAUACACACACACUCACAAAAAAAAUAAAAUCUUAUUGUCUACAUUAUAGUGGAGUAGAACAAGAAUGGCUUCUAACAAGACUAAAUUGCUAAAUUCAUUUGGUUUAAUUGCAAUUUAUUUUAUUUUGCAAUUGAAUAUGUCAAGAGCACAAAAGGUCAAAGCAAUAUAUGUGUUUGGUGACUCUUUAGUAGAUGUUGGGAAUAAUAAUUAUUUAGAAACAUUCUUUAGGGCUAAUUUUCCUUUCAAUGGAAUUGAUUUCCCUAGUGGCAAACCAACUGGAAGAUUCAGUAAUGGGAAAAAUGCUGCUGAUUUUAUUGCUGAAAAUUUUGGUUUACCAACACCUCCGCCAUAUCUUUCCAACAAGAAUGACCUCUUUCUAAAUGGCGUAAGCUUUGCCUCGGGAGGAGCUGGAAUUUUAAAUAGCACCAAUAAUCUCCCUUCUAAUGGAACAAUUUAUCUCUCAAAACAAGUUGAGUAUUUCUCUGAAGUGCAACAAAGGUUGAUUACAAAAAUAGGAGAAAGUGAAGCAAAAAAUCACUUGUCAAAUUCUCUAUUUGCUGUAGUUAUUGGAAGCAAUGAUUUAUUCAACUAUUUUAGCUCAAAAUCCAAAAUCCCUAUCAGAAAAUCACCACAAGAAUACAUUGAUUUAAUGCUAUCUACCUUCUCGAAUCAGCUAACGCAAAUACAUGGUUUGGGUGCACGUAAAUUUUUGAUUGCUGGAAUAGGACCAAUAGGGUGCACUCCAUCUCAAAGACUUCUGAAUUCUUCUGAGAAUUGCAAUGAAGAGGCUAACUAUUGGACAAUGAAUUAUAAUAAAGGUGUACAAUCAAUGUUGAUAAAAUUGAAGUCACAACUCAAGGAAGAUUUCAACUAUACCUACUUUAACAUCUAUGAUUUCUUGGUUAAUACCAUCCAAAAUCCAACAAAAUAUGGUAUUCAUGAGGUUAAAGCUGCCUGUUGUGGAGCUGGAAGAUUAAAAGCUGCAAGUCCUUGCACUCCAAUUGCAACAUAUUGUCCCAAUAGGAGUGAUCACAUUUUUUGGGAUGAAGUUCAUCCUACAGAAGCAGCAACAAAACUUCUUGUUAAUACUCUUUCAAUAACACAAAACAAUAUGUAACCUCAAUGAAUUUAACCAACUUACUUGCUUUGUAGAAUAUCUACACAGUGCUGGUACUUGCUUGGUCAUGUAGCUUAUCAAGAACAUAUUUUAAAUAAUAUAUAGUACCAAGGAUUCUUUGAAAUCUGCUUAUUUUAAACAGAGGCCGAU